UGUUUUUUUGUAGGAGUUUGAGUUUUUUUACAUGUUGCGAACGAAUCAACUAUAGCACGCCACACAAUUAAAGUGAUUUUCACUUGUUAUGCUAUUCAUUUUUUUUUAUACUACUCUGUUAAAUAGCGUUUUGUUUUUCGUUUCUCAUUAAUCUACUGAGUCUGAGACUGUGUAUUUUGUCGUCGUGAUCUGUUUUUUUUUUUUUUCAAAAAAGAUUUUUGUGAUUUAAAAAAGUGUAUAUAAGUAUGUGUGUAUAUGUGACUUUAAAAAACAAAAUUUUACAUAAAAUAUUUUAAAUUGUUGUUUCUUAAACAAAAAUUUUUACUUUAAAAACAAAAAAUUAAUUACAAUUUUUUAAUUAAAACUUUGAUAAUUUCUAGAAUUUUUAAAGACCUGUAAAAAAAAUACAUCAUAUAAGUUUUUUAAAAGGAAAACUUUGUGUAGUACAAAUAAAUAAAAAACUGUAAAUGUCGUCCAUUUUAUUUUCAAUUGUUUUUUGAGCGUUUUUUUUUUGUUUCUACUUUUUCAAUUUCAACUUUUUUGUUGUAAUUUAAAUUAAAAUGAAAUGAUCGUGUGAUCGUAAUAUAAAUGAUAUGUUUUUGAACGGAAUAUUUCAGAAAUUCAAUUAGAUUUGAAAGUAUUUUAUGUAAAAAAAGGAAAAAUUAUUUUAAAAGAAAAAGUCAAAAGUAAUAACAAAAUAAGUAAGCUACAAAAAAUGCAAAUAAACAAAUAAGUUGGAAAAAGAACCACAUACAUAUAUGCAUAUGCAAAGUGAGAGAGAGGAAGAGUGUUUUGUCGUUCGAGUUUGGAACACACAAAUUCAACGAAAUCAAAUUUUCGAUGAGAUGAGACUUGAAAAUUUUUAAAAUUAUGAGAUUAAAUUUUUCAUAUUAAAAAAAAAAAUAUUAAAUGAAAAAUAAAAAGUAUUAUUAAUGAUGAUAUUAAGAAGAGUGAUGAUGACAACAACAAUAGCAAUAAAAAGAGAAAUCGACAAUCAUCAUAUGGAAAUUAAUGAUGGAUUAAAAUGAAUUUUUUUAUUUUUUAUAAUAAUGCGCGAACCAUCAAAUAAUAUUAAAUAAUUUUAUCAAAUGAAAUUUAUAAAAAAUUCAAAUUGAAAAAAUGCUUUUCAAAUUUUAUAUACAAAUUGUUGGUUGUCGGCAAAAUAUCCUAACAAUAACAACAAUUUUUAUCAAAUUAUUUUUAGUAUUAACAAAUUUAAUUAGUACAAUAGAAACAUGGGCACCAGAUAUAAAGCCGAAAAUUAGUUUGAAUACAGAAUUAAAAAAUUUUCCAUCAUUUUUUGGCAAUAGUACCGAUUACUUUAAAAUUCUUGAUCAAGAUGAUACAUCAAUAUUAAUUGGUGCUCGUAAUCAUGUAUACAAUUUAAGUUUAGAUGGUUUAAGAAAAAAAUAUCAAAUUGAAUGGUUUUCAUCAGAUGCUGAUCGUGAAUUAUGUGCACUUAAAGGUAAAUCAGAACAAGACUGUCAAAAUUAUAUAAGGGUAUUUGCAAGAAUAAGUUCAACACAAAUAAUGAUUUGCGGGACAAAUUCAUAUAAGCCAAGAUGCCGUUUUUAUGCUGUUAAUAAUAAUAGUAAUAAUUUUAAUCGUGGUACUAGAAAUAAUCGUAGUAAUAGUGAUAAUACUUUAACAAAAUCAGCAUUACCAAUAUCAUCGUCUACAUUAAAAUCAUCAAAUUAUAAUAUUGUUGGAAGUACAACAACAACUGUAGCAACAGAUCCAAAUGUUAUAAUAUCAACUACAAUAACAACAAAUAAUAAUAAUAAUAUUGUACAACAAAAUAGACAAUUAAAUGGUGACAGUUUAUCACUAUCAUCAUCAUCAUCAAUUGAUAAUAAUGAACAAUUUCAAUUAAUUAAUGAAGUUGAAGCACAAGGACGUUGUCCGUAUAAUCCACAACAUAAUUCAACUUAUAUAUAUACUGAUGGUCAAUUAUAUUCUGCAACUGUAGCUGAUUUUUCAGGUGCUGAUCCGUUGAUAUAUAGAGAAACUUUACGAACAGAACAAUAUGAUUUAAAGCAAUUGAAUCAACCAGCAUUUGUUAGUGCACUUGAACGAAAUGGUUAUGUUUUCUUUUUUUUCCGUGAAAUUGCAAUGGAAUAUAUGAAUUGUGGCAAGACAAUAUAUUCACGUGUUGGUAGAGUUUGUAAAAAUGAUCGCGGUGGACCAUAUGCAUUCUCUGAUCGUUGGACAUCUUAUUUAAAAACACGUUUAAAUUGUUCAGUACCUGGGGAAUAUCCAUUUUAUUUUGAUGAAAUACAAUCAACUAGUAAAAUUAUUGAUGGCCUAUAUCCAUUAUAUAGUGGAAAAACUUCAAUUGUAUAUGGAAUAUUUACAACAUCAGUUAAUGCAAUUCCUGGUUCGGCAAUAUGUGCAUUUAAUAUUAAUGAUAUCUUAGAUUCAUUUGAAGGCAAAUUUAAAUAUCAAAAAGAUUCAACAUCAAAUUGGUUACCACUAUCAAAAGAUGAUGUACCAGAGCCAAGACCUGGUAAAUGUGUUGAUGAUUCAAGAACAUUAUCAUCUACAUCUGUUAAUUUUGUUAAAACACAUACAUUAAUGGAGCAAUCAAUAAUACCAUUAUAUGGUAAACCAUUAUUAACAAGAGUUAGUUUAAAUUAUCGCUUAACAGCAAUAACAGUUGAUCAACAAAUUAAAACCAUUGACAAUAACACAUAUGAUAUUAUAUUUGCUGGUACUGAUAAUGGUAAAAUAAUUAAAUUUACAAAUAUAUAUGAUAAUAAUAUAAACGAUAUAAAAACAAUUGUUAUAUCAGAAAUGGAUGCAUUACCAAAAAAUUCACCAAUACGUGAAUUGACGGUAUCACAAAAAACACAAAGUUUGAUUGUUAUUGGUGAUGGUCAUAUAACAUCAUUACCAUUACAUUAUUGUUCACAUAUACAACAUUGUAAAAAUUGCUUAAAUUUACAAGAUCCAUAUUGUGUAUGGGAUAUUAGUAAUUAUGAAUGUAAAUCAAUAAUAACAAUACAAAAUUAUUAUAAAAGUGAUAUACAACAAAAUAAUUAUAUACAAAUGUUAAAUACAACAUCGAAUAUAGAUAAUUUAUGUAAAAAAUACGGUGGACAUAGUAAUAAUGAUAUAUUACUAAAUAAUAAUAACCAAUUCAUAUCAAAACCAAGAAUAAUAUCAACAGUUGGCAAUCGUGGUACAGUAAGCGGAACUGGUAAACCAUUAAUAAAUAACAAUUAUAAUGAUAUUGGAAAUAAUAAAAAUAUUAAUAAUAAUAAUAUUAAUGGAUACGGUAACAGCAAUUCAAUUAAUAAUAUAAAUGAUGACAAUGGUGGUAUCGAUGGAAUUGGUAGUGAUAUACGUUCAAUAUAUACAAACUAUAAGGAUACAAAUGGUAUACAAACAAAUGAUGAUAAUGAUAAUAAUCGAAUAACAUUAACGUCCAUAAAUCCGGAGCAUAUAGAUAAAAGUAUUGGAAAUCCAUAUUUAAAUGAUGAAAAUUUGUAUGGUGUUGAAGGUGAAAAAUUGCAAUAUGCUUCAAGUAAUUUAUCAUGGAGUAUUAUACUUAUCGUAGUUAUAUUUAUUGUAUUUACAAUUGGAAUUGUUGUUGGUUGGCAUGCAUCGAGACGAUUAUGUAAAAGUUCAGUUUUUCAUACAGAACAUCGAAAUCAAUUAAAUCCUAAAACGAGACCUAUAACAUACCGAAAUAGUGGUAAAGAUGUAAAUUUAUUAAUGAAUACAUCAAAUCCAUUUUCGCAACCAUGUAAUAAUAAAAAAGAUAAUAUUGAACAUGAAUUCGUUAGCGAAAAGGAUCGAAGCCAUGAAUGCAAAAAUUCAACAGAAAACUUAGAAAAAGAAGUACAUUUUAGUAAAACUGGGACAUUAACAAAAGUUAAAAGAACGUAUAUAUAAAAUAAAUACGAAAAAAACGUGUUAAAUUAAAUUUUAAAUAAUUAAGUAAGUAAAUAAAUUUUUCUUUUUAAUACUUUAGACAAUAUUAUAAAUUAAAUAUAAAAUAUUGUAUGUUAUUAUAAAUUAAAUAUAUAUUGUAUGUAUGCACAUAAUUGUGUCCCAAAUCUUAUAAUAUUGAUCAUUGAGUGGUUAAAUAAAUAGUAAUGAUUUUUGCAUUAAAUCAAAAAUGUAAUAUACGUAAUACAUAGAUUGUUCCGUAGAACAAAAAUUUUCAAAUAAUUUUUUUAUUGUCUAUUGCCUUAAAGAAAAAAUCAGAGCAAAAAGUAAAACUUUUUCCUUUUACAGUUUUGCUUUUCUUUUAAUGAUUUGUAUGAUUUCCUAACAUUUUUCAAGAGUUUGGGCGUAUGUUUAUUGGAGAAAUUUUUUAUUAUUAGUAAAUAACAACGCCAUAUAUAUCUGUAUAUUGUAAUUUUAAUUAUAUAUUGUACGAUUUCAUAUUACCAACUAAUGGUUCAUAUACGUAUUCUAUUUAUAUAUAUAGUUAUAAAUUCAGUGGUCGAAGUGGGAUACUCAAAGUGGUGGGAUGGUAAAAAAAAAAAUAAAAAAAAAAAAGUAUUAUUUUAGUUAUUUUUUAAAAAAAAAUAACUAAACAAAAUUUACCAAACUUUGGAAGUAAACUAACGAGAAUAUUUAUAUUCAAAAUUAAAUCAACUAAAAAUUGAACCAAAAACUGUGCAAAUUGUUACCAAAGAAAUGCAUAGACUACUAUGUAGUAACGAAAAUUUCAUUAAUAGAAAAAAAUUAUACGUUACUAUUUGAAAUUGAUCUUAUUUAAAAUUACAUAUAUAUAAUUUUUUGUUAAAAAAUUUUUUAAAAUUCAUUAGAAAAUUUUCUUAAAUUUUAAAAAACGUGUUCCGGAACGCAUUUUUCUCUCCUAUUAAGUAGUGGGAUGGAUUUCCAAUUAUUUAAAAGUACUGGGAUGGCAUCCCACUCCAUCCCGCCUCACUUCGAGCACUGGUUAUAAUACGUAUAUGAACCAUUAAAUGGUAAUAUAAAAUUCUACAAUAUAUAAUUAGAAUUACAAUAUAUAGAUAUAUAUGGCAUUGUUAUUUACUAAUAAUAAAAAAUUUUCCACAAUAAACAAACUCUUGAAAAGCGUUAGAAAACCAUACAAAUCAUUAAAAGAAAAGCAAAACUUUAAUUUUUUGUCUUGAUUUUUUAUUUAAGGAGUCCUGGGCAAUGGAAUAAAUAAUUUGAAAAUUUUGGAAUGUACGUAUUACACGAUUUUUGAUAAAACUGAUUUAAUGUAAGUAACUAAUUGAAGUUUAUCAAAAAAAGAUCGCAUUAUAAAUAGUGAAAUAAAGUAAAUACGAAAUUUUAAAUAAUAAUUUUCGAUUAUUCAAAAUUUUUUUAAUUUUCUAAAUGAAAUUCAUUUCAUCAGGUUUUUCUUUUAUUUAAUGUCAUCGUUACUUACUUUCACACACAAUGUCAUUAUUUUUAUAUUUCACUUGCGCACAAUGUUAUUAUCACAACUUUCAUUACACACAAUGUAAUUAUUUUUAUAUUUGGAGAACUAUUAUGAAUAUUUAAUACUUAAAAAAAUGUGAAAGAGAAUUAUUUAAUUGUAUCAUAAUUUUUUUUUAUUUUAUAUUAUUUUUUUUAUCAUUUUACUUAUAAAUAAAGUAAUUAAUUUUUUUUUAUUUUUUAUAUUUAUAACGCAUACAUAAUAAUAUGUUAUUCUGAAUUUAUGUAAUUGUAUAUAUGCAGGGCGAUUAUUUAAAAAGUACAAUAUUAUAUGCUAUUGUUUAGAUAAAUGGUCAAAAUUUUACGAAAUCAACCUGUAUAUUUAUCAUAUAUAAAAUGUUAAUUAGAUUUAUUUUUUUACCAGACAGUGAAUUUGUAAUAAAAAUAUAUUUUUGUAUGUAUUUUUGAAAAAAACGUUUCGGUUGUUUUACCGCGUGUCUUAAGCGUAUACAAUUGGAUUUAAAUUUUUUUUUUUAUUUUUGGUUAUUUUUUAAUAAAACGCUAUAAGUUUGAUUCGAUUCCAUUUCAGUGGAUAAUUUUUUCAAAAAAUUUGUUAAAAUUGCUGAAACAUCUUUUUCAAAAAUGGAUAUUAUUAUUCGAUUGAAUAAUACGAUAGAGAAACAAACAUUUUUUUAAUAGUUUUGAGAUAAUUUUAAUCAAGAGAUAAAAAAUGUUUUUAAAUAUUUAAAAAAAAAUCAAAUGUGACAAAGAAUUGUCAUCUAUCUGCGCUGUUUAAAUUUUUUUAAUUAAUAUAUCUGUUAUCUGGCCGUGAAAUUACAAAAUUACAGUAUCUAUGACUUCAAAAUUGCACUAAUACUUCGCUACAACAUAAUUCAGCAAUUGUAAAUCAUAAUCUGAAUUUUGUAUGAACACCAGGUAUCAAAUUUUCAAAGUCGUAUUACUGCCACAGAAUUCAAUUUUUUAAAUUAACACGCUAAAUUAAUUUAUUAAAAAAUUAUUAUUGCCGUUGGUUAUGUUAAAAUUAUUCUCAAAAAUUUCGAAUAUUAAAAAAAAAUUAAAUUUUUUAUUAAUUAUUUUAUAAAUUAAUUUUGAGAUUGACGUUAGAGACAUUAAUGGAUGUAAGUGAGUAAAAUUGUUUUGAAUGUAUUGUUAUAAAAUAUUUUAAUUAUUUAAUAGUAUUUUGAAAAAAGAAAAAUUUUAAAAUAAAUAUUUAUUUUAAAACUAUUAUAAGAUAUAUAUAUAUACAUAUACAGGGUGUUUCGCAUAAGGGCGAACAUAAUUUCAGGGGCUAUGUCGCAUGGUUCCAAAGUUAUACCUGUUUUUUUUUUGUGCAGCACAAUCUGAAAUCUAUUUUUUCAACAAGCUGUAGCUCGAAAACGUGUGUAUCUGCACUCUACUUCCCCCCCUUUUACAAUUUUUUCCUGGAAACUGAUCAAAGAAUCAUCCCUGAAAUUAUUUGCUACCUUAUGCGAAACACCCUGCGUAAUUUGAUUAAUCGAAAUACACAGUGUGACUGCAGCUUUUAACUGCGCUAUGUAUGGUGGUUAUUUGUUAUACGUUAUAAUAUUAAAUUAUGUAUAAAUACAUUUUUAUAUAUUUUUUAAUUUUGACGCGAUAAUUAUUUUAAUUUUUAAAUUUUCUCAUUUUAUUUACAUUUUUUGCUAUCCAAAUUAAAAAAAUAUACUUUGAACAAUAAAUUUAACAAUCGGCUUUUUUAAUAAAUAAAAAGUGGUAUUAAAAGCAUUUAUAAAAGAAAUUUAAAAUUAUUUUAAAAUGGUACCUCACACAUAAGAUAUUAAAUCGAAUAUUGGCAAUUAAGUUUUUACUGCACACAGCAUUGAUUAUCAAAAUUUUAAUAUGCGGUUAUCAAAAAUUCUGAAUUGUAUUGCUAUCGCAAUAAAAACAGAACUACGUCCCCGGCAUGAUUAACGCUUACAUAGUUUAGAAAAAUUUAAAAAAACAAUGGAAGUACUGCUUUAGUUUCAAUACGCCAAUCUCAUUGAUUUCCAAAAACUUGAAUUCGAUAUCAAUUUUAUCAAUUUAAUAAAAUGGAAAAAUCGGCGAAGUUAUCAUGUUAUUGAAAAAAUUAAUUAAUAUUAUAGUAAAAAUUUUACUCUACUAAUUUUGAAAUUAAUAACCUGUGUUUUUGUAUAUUACAGAACAAAAAGAAUGAGCAAUUUGAGUAAUAUAAACUUUUAAUGAAAUUAAUGGUAGACAAUGCUGAUAUAGCCGAAAGUUUUUCGGAAUACUCAAACAAGCAUUAACAAGUUAUUUUUAAUUUCUUAAGUAAAUUUUUAGACCUUUUUUUUCGAAAUUUUGCUAUGGAAAUUUAAAAAAAUUUAGAUACGUUUUAAUUUAAUAUUUAAAUAUAUACAAAAUUGUUUUGAAAUGUUGUGGGAAGUUCACCAGUACUACUACCUUAAAACUUUCACAAGUACUAUUACCUUAAAACUUUCUUUGUCCUUUUUUAUAUGCAAAAACUCAAAAUAUUUUUACUUCAUUCAAGCUUGAACUUUUUUGUGACAUCAAAUCAGUUGUUGAUAGUUCCAACCUACAAAUAUUUUUUAUCGCGUUUACAGACACAACUACCGGAAAGGUAUAUUUGAGAUGACGUGACAUGUUGAUUUUUUUUUAUCACAUCAGUGGCCUGACUAACAGAAUAUGGGUGAAAAAUUAAAAAUAACAAAAUUAAAUUUUCAUUUUAUUGUCUAAAUUUUAAGUAAGUUGAAUUCGCGUUUGCAGUUCUAACAAAUAUCUGCAAUGUAACCACGUUAAUCAAUUAGUAGAGAAUAUAAAUAAAACUUUUUGACACCAUAGUUUUUUUUGUUGGCAGCACUGUUUUAGUAAUUCUAUUGCGGUGCAGUUUCAACUAAUAAGAUCUCUCGUGUUCAGAACUGCAAAUACGAAUUCAAACGAAUGCAACGCUGCCAUUUUUUAAAUUUAUUUAAUUUUAAUUCACUUUUGUUUGUUUAAAGAAAAUAUUUUAGAGUAAAAUUUUACUGUUUUUUAGGAUAAAAAAAUUUAAAGGAAAAAUAAAGUUAAAAUAUUAAAAAUAAAAAAAGUUAUCAAAAAACAAAGAAAAUUUUAGAUUUAUAAAUUAAAAAAAAAAAACGAAAAUUAUAUAAAAUUGGGGCUAUGAAGUUUUUAUAUUUUUUUUUACUUUUUGAAAGUAAAUACAAUUGUACAUUUACAUUAUUACAUUUUAAUUAUAUAACAAUCGUAGUAUGUUAAACGUACUUUGAUUUCAAAAUUGCAGCAAUACGCUAUUAAUUAAAAAAGUUUCAGCAAUUGCAACUUGUGAAUUGCAUUUUCUAUAAAUACCGUAUUUUUGCAAGUUUGAAAGCAAGAGAAGUACUAUGCUAAAAUAAGUUUUUUUUUGUAUGUAUUUUUGAAUCUUAGUAAUGGUAAAAUGUUUAAUAGAGAUAUUGAAAAUUAUGAAUGAAUCGAAUCGAUUAUUAAAUAUUUUUAAUUAAUAUCUUUUUAUAUACAUAUGUAUACCUACAUAGUUUAAAAAGUUUUUACCGAAUGUUUAUUAAUUACAUAAUAUAUAAAUGUUAAUAUAUAAUAUAUACAUUAAUAUAUAAAUAUUAAUAUAUACAUAUAUGAUAUAUGUAUUAAAUCUACAGAAUUUAAGGACAGAUAAUUAAAUAGGUUAUGCGAAUAACGUACAAAAAUUUUCAAAUAUUUCUAAGGCGAUUUAUAAUUGAAAAAAAAAUAAUGAAACAUGUAAUUUUUAAAAUUUACAAAAAACAAAAACAAAUAUGUUAAUUUUAUAUAAUGAAUGUAAUUUAUUAUAAAUUAUAAAUGUAGUUUAUAUAUCCAUAUACACAUAUUAUAAAUUAUAUAUAUAUACAUACUUAUGUAUAUAUAUAUGGCAUACAUAUAUACAUACAUAUAUAUUAUUAGAAAUAUAAAAUUGCCUAACACUUCAAAAUUGCAAUAACACAGUAUUUAUACACAGUUCAGCUUAUGAAUUCAAAAUGCUGAACUGCUUAUCAAUAUAGCAUUAAUGCAAUUUUGAAGUCACACGAAGUAUAUAGUAUGCAAAAUUCACAUUUUUAAAUUAAUUUUAUUUAAAAAUAAAUAGUUUUAUUGUAAUAAAUUAGUUAUUUAUACAAAGAAAAUUAUGUAUAAAUAUUAUUAUCCAAUAUAAAUUUAUAUUAUAGUUAUUAGCAUGUAUAAAAGAUGAAAAUGUGAAAAAUUUAUACAUAUCAUUUAGUUUUUUUUUUACGUACGCAUAAAACAAAGUUGAAAUAAAUAUAGAUUCAAAUAAAUUAAAAAAUAUAAAUUAAUAUUUCUAAUAUAAUUAAUCUUAAAACAAUCCAUAAUUUUGAAAAGGGGAGAUUCACAUCAGAUGCUAUUUUUGACUCAUUUUGCAUACGUCUAGGCGACAUAAUUUUAUCGUGCUUUUUCAUUUUCCAACUAUAAAAAGAGUGAAAAAAUAUCUUGAAUUCCAAAAUGCGGUGAUACGGAGACGCAUAUAUUAUGCCAACGGAUUAGAAAAAUACGAAAGGAAGGAGUAUCUUGAAAAAACAAGCAUUUGCUUCGAGCAUUAUCGAAAAUUACACAUAUUUCGAGCUUCGAAAUAUGUGUAAUUUGUAAGAAGGAUAAGUUGAAAUUUUCUUUUAAAGUAAAAACUAAAAAAUAUACCAAAAUAUUU